AUGAAACCAUAACAAUUUAUAUUUAUCUUCUACUUAGUUUUCUUUGCAUAUGGAUAACUCGCUGUAAAUAUUCAAUUAUAUUCAAGCCAAUAAAAACUGAAGAAGAAGUCAAAAUUGAUUUAAAUUUGCAAUAAAAUAUUGAAAUCUAAUCAACUGAUAUCAAACAAAAUAAAAUAUAUGAUAAAUUAUAUGAAGUUGAUAAAGAAGCAUAUGAUUAAAUGAAAAAUUCAUUUAAGAAUGUUGUGCAUCUUAUAUUUGAUACGUAUAAUAAUUGAAUUCUAUCUUAUAGAAAUGAAGAAGAAACUCAAAUCAAACUACUUAGCUCAAUUAUUCAGAAUGUUAAUUUUACUAAAAUUGAUGUAAUUUUCAUUAAAAGUCCUGUUGGAUUAAUUGAAUCAGAAAAGGGCAUUGUAGUCAAAAAUUUUGAUAAUAUGAUUUGGAUUCGAAAUUUUGACAAUCUUUAAUCUUAGAUAUUCAGUAAUCAUAUUAAAUUCAAUUCUAGAUAUAAUAAGUCCUAAAUUAGAAUUUUUAGAAACAGAAGAAGAUGUGAAUAAAUAUUUCAGCUAAAACAAAUUAAACUCUUUGGUACUUUUGCCUGAUAAUUAUACUUUUAAAGAUUAAAUUAUUUAAGAUCUAGAAUAACUUAUGAGAAACGGAGAUCUAAAAGAAGCUAGAAUUGAUGAAUUGAAAGGUUUUAAUUCUAAUUAUUUAAAUUUUACUGCCCCAACAUUGCUAUUGCACAAAGGGAAUAAUAAAUUUGAACAAUAUGAAUAUAAUUUGACUUAUACUGAUUAAAUUUUAGAUUUCUUUUAUUUAGAAAGCUUAGAUUUAGUAAAUCGAUUAGAUGAAGAUAAUUAUGCAAGAGUUUUUGGAGGACCUGUUUAAACUCAAGUUCAUCUUUUAAUUAAAGGUAUUUUAAGUCAAGAUUUAUUUAAUUCCUAUUAUUGGGUUGCAUAAAAUAAUAAAAUGAAUGAUUUGAAAUAUCAUCGAUUAAUUUUUACUUAUUCAACAUUUUAAGAAAAUCCAAGUUUAUGGUCUUUAUUUGAUUUUGAUCAAUCUACAAAUACUCCUAAGCUUGUGAUUACAGAAACAAACUUUAGAAAAUAUUAAUUAUAAAAAUAUAUUUGUCAAUCUGAAACAUUAAAUCAAGAAACCAUUUAGAAAUUUAUUGAUGACUUUAGAGAUAAAAAUCUAACUGAGUUUUAUAAAUCUGAACCUGUUCCUGAAUAUUCUGAAAAUUAAGAUUUAUACAAAAUUGUAGGAAAAUCAUUUUCAUAAGAAGUACUUAAUAAAGGAAAGAAUUUUUUAUUAUUAUUUUGGGAUUCAAAAAAUAAAGAUUUAUUUAACGAUUAUUUUAAUCUACUUAAUGAGUUUUCAUUAAUUUAAAAUAAAGAUAAAAUUAAAAUUGGACAUAUUGAUCUUGCAAAUAAUGAACAUCCUAAAAUUACUGUAGAUUCAGUUCCUAAAUUAAUGUUAUAUUUAGCCGCAGAUAAAAAAGCUCCUAAAGAAUAUUUGAAAAGUUCAAAUCUAAUUAUUUCUGAGCUCAAAGCUUGGUUAGAUUAUUAUAUUGGUGAAGGUGUUGCAUAUAAAUAAGAAAAAUUAUAUUUAUGA